AUGAUAAAUGCAUUUUGGGAAGCAUUCGAAAAAUUAGAUCAGCGCUUAAAUGCUGGUUAUGCAGUACGACUUGCACGAACUAUCAUAUACAUGAUUUAUAUUAUACAUUUAGAAACUUGUGGUUAUUAUGCGUUUAAUCGAUGGCAAGGUCUAGGCGAAACAUCAUGGACAAUUCAACCAGGUCCAAUUUCACCAUACGUCUAUUCUUUCUAUGUUUGUAUGAAAACUGCAACUUCAAUUGGUUCAUUACCUGCAGCGACUAAUAGUUCAGAAUUUUUAUUCAUGACUUGCUAUUGGUUAAGUGGGAUACUUGUAUCGGCUAUUCUGAUUGGUCAGGUCAUUGAUAUAUUGGAUUCAGCGAGUGCAAAUAAAGUGAAUUAUCGUAAAGUAAUGGAUGCUACAUUAUCAUCUAUGCAACAAUUACAUGCUCCACAACAUGUUGUUGAUAAAGUACGCAGUUGGUUUAUGUAUAAUUGGGAUCAACAGAAAACAUUUAAUGAAAAUUCAUUAUUUGAAUGUUUACCAAUAAAAUUGAAAAGUGAUUUAGCCAUUAGUGUACAUUUUCAUACUUUAAGUAAGGUGACUUUAUUUCAGAAUUGUGAAAAAGCUCUCAUCUACGACAUGAUAUUGAGAUUGAAACCUGUCGUGUUUCUGCCCAAAGAUUAUAUUUGUCGAAAGGGUGAAGUCGGUAAAGAAAUGUAUAUUGUAAAAAGUGGUGCAGUUGAAGUUGUUGGCGGCCCUAAUAAUUCCAUUGUAUUUGUUACACUUAAAGAAGGCAGUGUAUUCGGUGAAAUAAGUUUGUUAGCUUUAUCCGGUAAGAAUAGAAGAACAGCUGAUGUAAGAUCAAAAGGUUUUUCAACGUUGUUUAGUUUAUCAAAACAAGAUUUUGAAGAAAUAAUGAAAAAUUAUCCACAAGCACAUGAAUUAUUGAAGAAACGAUCACAACGAAUGCUUAGUCGAGACAAGAAAAAAGCAACUGAUGAGGCAGUUAAAGAAAAGAAGAUACUUCAGAAGGAAAAGAGUUGUGAAUUAAAUUACGGGGAUGACGCAGUUAUAGAAGUUAUUCCUGACAGACCUGCCACACCAAAGCUAAUUGAAACAGUCGUAAAGGUUAUAGAAUCUACUUAUCCAGAUAAAAUGAUAGCUAGACGACUGAAGGGUAGUUUUUCAAGUGAAUUGGGAACAAGACGUAGAUCCAUUUAUACAGUCAAGCCAAGUGUUAACAUGGUCACCAAUAAAAAAUCAUCAAUUUCUAAUACGAAUGAUGACAAUACAAUUAAUUGUAAUGAGAAGGAAACUGAAACAGUCCCAAUAAGUAAUUCUAUACCAUGUCAAAAUGAAUUACAGAAUCAAAAACUUCCAGAUACUCUGCCAAAGGAAGAUACAAACAAUCAUGAUGAAGAUGAUAGCGAUAAACAAUCUGAGAACUUCGAUCAAAGUGUUGUGACUGAGAGAACAACUCAACAUUGGAUUGAUAUGUUAUCGGUUGAUCGAAAUCCUAUCAAACGUAUUACAAGUUAUUUUCCACAUAUCUGUUAA